AUGGUCCCGCAUGCGGGCGCACAAGGUUCGGAGCAAGAGGAUCAGGGCGGAGUGGAGCGUGUUGAAUUCAGUGGACUCAAUGCAAUGGCAGUCCCCGACGGACUGGGGGCCCAAUCGGGAUGGAGCUGCAGCAGCUGGUACUGGCGGCCUUAGUACGGGGGUGUUCGGCUCGAACGGGAUGGUAUUGCGCACGGGAACUGGGAGAUCAGUCAUGGGAUGUGCGCCGGUAUCCCCGGCCAAUGUAUCAGUAGCUAGCAUCGCACCUCGACAGGGUGCGUGCACGGGCGUAGGCAGGUUAGCCCUAGGAGGUGCGCCAAUGUCCCCGACUUCUUUGUCUAGGGCGACGUGUGGAACAACGAUUGCGCCUGUAUCCCCGGCGACUGUGACGGCAGCCGGCAUGGCCCCUCGCCCAGGUGCGAACCAAACGCGUUCGCCGCUUGCAAUGCCCAAGUUUAUUCCGAUAGGGACGGCCUCAGCACCCCAGACCAUAGGCACCAGUGGAGGAGCGGGUGAGAAGAGAGCGG